GGGCAAAGGGCCGCCCGCUUGGCGCGAUGUGGACUCCGCUCUUGGGUUGUUCCCUGACGGCUGGGCUCGCCGCCCUGCAGAAACGCCCGCGAGGUGCUGGCCCGGUCUUCGGCUUCGCCUGCCUGCUCGCUGCCCUUGUGCCGGGCUGGGGCCAGAGCCCAGACAACAGAUGUGCCAUCUCAAAUGCAGUGACGUGUACCAGCUGUCUUGCUGUGGGCCCAGAGUGUGCAUGGUGUACUCAAGAGGAUUUCAUGGCUGGAACAAAGCAGAAGGAACGAUGUGACAUAGUUCUACACUUGAUGAAAAGAGGCUGCAGAGCAGAUUUCAUAGAAAGUCCCAGUGUUGAUGUAACAAUGCCUGCUGGUAAUGCUAAUGUACAAGUGGCACCAGGAGAAGUUUCAAUCCAACUACGUCCAGGAUCUGAAGCAAGUUUUAUGUUGAAAGUCCAGCCAUUGGAAAAGUACCCGGUCGACCUUUAUUAUUUGGUUGAUGUGUCUGCAUCUAUGCACAAAAAUAUAGAAAAAUUAAACUCUGUUGGAUCUGAUUUAUCUCAAAAGAUGGAAAAUAUUUCCCUUGAUUUGCGACUUGGAUAUGGAUCUUACGUAGAUAAGACGGUGUCGCCUUAUAUUAGCAUUCACCCAGGAAGAAUUCAUAAUCAAUGCAGCGAUUAUGAUCUCGAUUGCAUGCCUCCUCACGGCUAUAUCCAUGUCUUAUCGUUGACUGACAAAAUAGCAGAAUUCAGAAGUGCAAUUAGCAAGCAGAAAAUCUCUGGGAAUAUUGACACACCUGAAGGAGGCUUUGAUGCUAUGCUUCAAGCAGCUGUGUGCCAGAGCCAUAUUGGUUGGCGCAAAGAAGCCAAGCGUCUGCUUCUCAUGAUGACGGAUCAGACCUCUCACCUGGCGCUUGACAGUAAAUUAGCGGGGAUAGUAAUCCCUAAUGAUGGAAACUGCCAUUUGAAAGAUAAUGUGUACGUCAAAGCGACCAGUAUGGAGCAUCCAUCACUUGGCCAGCUUUCCGAAAAACUCAUAGACAACAACAUUAAUGUAAUUUUUGCAGUCCAAGGGAGCCAAUUUCACUGGUAUAAGGACCUUUUGCCUCUUCUACCGGGAACUACUGCAAGACAGAUAGAAUCUCAAGCAGUGAAUCUCAGUGACUUGGUGGUAGAAGCCUACAAGAAGCUGCUCUCUGAAGUGAAAAUUCAGGUGGAAAACCCCAUCCAAGAUAUAAAUGUCAAGGUCACUGCAAUCUGCCCUGAUGGAAGUAGAAAAACCGGCGCGGAGGGAUGCAGAAACGUUAAAUCCACAGCUGAAGUGCUCUUCAAUAUUUCCAUUGCCAUGAAAGGAUGUGGUACAACUGAAGGAAGAAAAUACAUGAUGCUCAAACCGCUUGGUUUCAAUGAAUCAACCAGAGUUAAUAUACACAAAAGAUGUGCUUGUCAGUGUGAGGGCAGCAUAAAGCACAAAAGGAUAUGUGUCAAUGAAACAUCUCAGGAUGCAGAGACUCUGAGCUCCAGCGACAAAUUCUCCUCUGAGCAGUGCAAGAUGCCCAAGGGCCAUCUAGUCUGCAAUGGUCAAGGAGACUGUGUAGAUGGGAAAUGCAUUUGCCACAAAACCAAACUUGGCACAAUAUAUGGUAAAUACUGUGAAAAAGAUGACUUUUCCUGCCCUCAUCACCUGGGAAACUUAUGUGCUGGCAACGGCGAAUGCGAAGCAGGCAAAUGCAAAUGCUCUAGUGGCUGGGAGGGUGAUCGUUGCCAGUGCUCAUCAUCGUUACGAAAGCACUGCAUGAAUUCAAAUGGCCAGGUCUGCAGUGGAAGAGGAACUUGUGUGUGUGGAAGAUGCAAAUGCACCGAUCCCAGCAGUUUGGGCCAUUUGUGUGAAUUCUGCCCUACUUGUAGAAUAGCUUGCAGUGACAAACGGAAUUGUGUGCCCUGUCGUCACGCCAACUCGUCUCAAAUUGCCCUGGACCAAUGCAAAACCUCGUGUGCUUACAGGUUGCAUUAUACUGAAAAAUCUUCAGAAUGCACAGCCGAUGAUCCAAGCCACUUCAGAAUCUUUUUCAUAAUUUUUAUAGUUACAUUUCUGAUCGGGUUGCUUAAUGUGCUUAUAAUCCGACAAAUAAUUCUGCAGUGGAGCAAUAACAAAAUUAAAUCUUCAUCUGAUUAUAGAAUAUCUUCAACUAAAAAGGAUAAAAUGUUCUUGCCCACUGUUUGUACAAAAACCGUAACCUACAGACGUGAUAAGCCUGAAGAAAUCAACAUCAGCAAGUUACAAGUAAAUGAAACUUUCAAAUGUAACUCCUGAAGACAGUCUGCUUUCUUCAAAGCUUUGUUUUCUCAGUCAAGAAGUUUAUUUGAAAGAUACUUUGGGGGUUUGUGGUUUGAAUACUGUAAUGAGAAACUGACCUGAAAGCCUAGUUACACAACAUGGCUAGAUUUCAAACAGAGCUGCUCCAUUUUGGAAAAAAAACAAAUGUGCAUUAACUACUGAUUAACAUGAUUAAACCAAUUAAAGCACAGAUAA